AUGCUAAUGCCCCUGAGUGGGUUCCUCUGGUGGUGGUGGUGCUGCUGCUGCUGGUAUUGCUGUGGAGGGUGUUACCAGGCUCCCCAGAUGUUGCGCCACCAGGGUCUCCUCAAGUGCCGAUGUCGCAUGCUCUUCAAUGACCUGAAGGUCUUCUUGCUUCGGCGCCCACCGCCGACCCAGCUGCCCAUGCACGGUGACCCCCAGCCCCCUGGCUUGGCAGCCAACAACAACACCCUCCCAGCCCUGGGUGCUGGUGGAUGGGUCGGUUGGAGGGGUCCUCGAGAGGGGGCCGGCGGGGAGAUUCCUCCUCUGCCACCUCCGCCACCCUUGCCACCCUCUUCUGCAGAGGACGACUGGGGUGGCCAGGUUGUGGAGCCACCUGCCUCCUUGCUCAGCAGCACCUCCUCAGAUGACUUCUGUAAGGGGAAGGCUGAGGACCGCUAUUCACUUGGCAGCAGCUUGGACAGUGGCAUGAGGACCCCCCUCUGCAGGAUCUGCUUCCAGGGUCCUGAACAGGGGGAGCUGCUGAGUCCCUGUCGCUGCGACGGGUCAGUCAAGUGUACACACCAGCCCUGCCUGAUCAAGUGGAUCAGUGAGAGGGGCUGCUGGAGCUGUGAAUUGUGUUACUACAAGUACCACGUCAUUGCCAUAAGCACAAAGAAUCCUCUGCAGUGGCAAGCCAUUUCUCUGACGGUCAUUGAGAAGGUCCAGAUUGCAGCAGCCAUCCUGGGUUCUCUUUUCCUCAUUGCCAGCAUCUCUUGGCUCAUCUGGUCCACCUUCAGUCCUUCGGCCAAAUGGCAGCGCCAGGACCUCCUCUUCCAGAUCUGCUAUGGGAUGUAUGGCUUCAUGGACGUGGUGUGCAUAGGCCUGAUCAUCCACGAGGGGCCAUCCGUGUACCGGAUCUUUAAAAGAUGGCAGGCUGUGAACCAGCAAUGGAAAGUGUUGAACUAUGACAAGACAAAGGACAUCGAGGACCAGAAGGCCGGGGGCAGGACAAACCCCAGGACCUCCUCAUCCACACAGGCCGACGCCGCCGCCCCAGAGGAGGAGGCGGUGGGCAACCCUGCCCAGGCCGACAUUGGCGGCGGCGGCGGGAGCAGGGCCCCCAGCCACCCCUCUGGCCCUCUGGCCGAUCACCACUGUGCUUACACCAUCCUGCACAUCUUGAGUCACCUGAGACCUCAUGAGCAGCGGAGCGCCUCCGGCGGCAACCGAGAGCUUGUCAUGAGGGUCACGACGGUCUGAGAGCGGGGAGCGGGAGGGGCCGUAGCCGUGAGAGCCUGGGAGCCCGGGACCAGCCGGGGGGCAGGACCGACGUGGGCACGCGUCAGCCGAGGGGAGGGAGGGAGAGCAGGUGGGAGAGGGUGCGGGAGGAGGAGAGGCUGGGGCUGGGGGCGGAGGGGCGGAGGCGGCUCGCCUUCCUGGGAAUCCUCCGAGGCGACACUCCGCUCUGCGCCCGAGGAGCCCUCUGGGCAGUUGGUGUUUUCCAGGGAGUAAACUCUCCUUAAUAACAGAAACAGACAAACAAACAAACAAAAAACACACAAGCAAACUCGACAACUAAAGUACAAUGCAAACUAAAGCAAAAGCACACGGGAACACACACAUGCAGACACAUAUGGGCAGACACACGUACUGAAAUACAGGCAGACAUGUGGACACACAGAGAUAUAGACAGGCGGAUAUGUGUACAGAAAUACAGGCAGACAGGUGGACACACAAGUGGACACACAUACAGAGAUACAGGUGGAUUCAGGUACAGAUACAGGCAGACACAGGUGGACACACGUACAGAGAUAAAGGCAGACACGUGGACACAGAGAUAUAGACAGGUGGAUAUAUGUACAGAGAUAUAGGCAGACAUGUGGACACACAGAGAUAUAGACAGGUGGAUAUAUGUACAGAGAUACAGGCAGACAGGUGGGCACACAAGUGGACAUACAUACAGAGAUACAGGUGGACACAGGUACAGAUACAGGCAGACACAGGUGGACAUGUGGACACACAGAGAUAUAGACAGGUGGAUAUAUGUACAGAGAUACAGGCAGACAGGUGGACACACAUACAGAGAUACAGGUGGACACAGAUACAGAUACAGGCAGACACAGGUGGACACACAUACAGAGAUACAGGCAGACAGUGGACACACAUGCAAACACACAAGCAGACACAUGUAUAGAGAUACAAGCAGACAUAGGCGGGCAUAUACAUGUAGACACAUAUGGGCAGACAUGAAGGUGGACACAUGUAUAGAGAAAAAGGAAGGCAGGUGAAUACACAUAUAAACACAUGCAGUCAGAUACAGGUGGACACACACAUUCAGACACCCACAGGAGAAUACACAGGUGCAGACACAUACAGGCAGACACUGGUGGGCAUGCAUGUACAGAGUCACAGGUGGACACAUGUACAGAGAGAUAGGCAGGCAUAGAUGUAUACAUGUAUAGACACAGACGGACACACAUGUACAAACAUACAGGCAGAAACACAAGUGGACACUACAGACAUGCAGGUAGACACAUGUGCAAAUAUAUAGACAGAAGCACAGGUGAACACAUACAAACAGGUAGACACACAUGUACAGACAUAUAAGCAAACAUACAGUGGAUACAUACAGGCAGAGACACAAGUGAACACACACAGACACAGAUACACACAUACUAACACAGGGGUAGACACAAGUAAACACACACAUACAGAUAUACAGGCAGAUACACUGGUUGUUAUAUGUACAUAUAUAUUUAGGCAGAAACACAGGUGGACACACAUAUACAGACAUACAGGCAGGUAUACAGGUGGACACAUGCAGAUACAGGCAGAAACACAAGUGGAAACAGAUGCAGACACAUAGGAAUGGCUACACACAGGUGUACACACAUAGGAACACAGGGGGAUAUCCACAGGUGAACACACACACACACACAAAACAACUGGUGGAGGCAGUGCAGGGAUGGGGACCAAAGUGGUGUGUCUGUUGUCAAGAACAGCAGCUCUCUUGACUCACGUGUGCAAGCACGCAGAUGUGCACACAUGCAAACACAAGCACAUGGGAAGGGAGAUAAAGUGUGAAGAUGAUUGAAAGAUGACAAGUAUUUGUUGCCCUGUUUUGUUUCUAUCUUUGGGUUUGUUUUGUUCUCUCCGGGCCAUGGACAGUGGACAGUGGGCAGCGGGCAGUGGGGAGGGACUAGAGGGUGGGGCAAUGGGUGGGAAGGGAGGGCAGGGUUUGAGUGCAUCUCUUAAGAGCCUUGGGCUUUUCCUGGCUGGCAGUAUUAACAUACUUAUCUGGUCUUAGGGGGGGCAUUAGGGAGGGGAAAGUAUUGACUUUAGGGAGGGGUAAAUUUCUUAGUGUGAAUGGUUAAAGGUGGUGAGUAUCUCUCUGCCCCCUGCCUCAAAGACAGGAGACCCUAUUUUGAGCGUAUUACCCAAAAAGUUUGGGUUUAGAAUUGGGCUUUCUUGUGCCCCCAUAACCAGUAUUUUAAGGCGAUUUGACUCAAAAAAGUAUUUAUGGGGGAAAAAACCAACAACUAAGCACAUGUACACUUUUAAAACAAUAACAAGCAAAAACAAAAUAAACAGAAAAAGUACAGCUUUCCCGUGGGUAUCUCAAGCACAGUCCUGCUGCGGUCACAACCUUCAAAGUUGCCAAUCCAGGAACGUAGCCUUCCCAGCUAACCAAACUCUACCCAAGGGCAAGGGUAAAGCUAAUGUGCCACAUUCCCCCACCUUGAAGUGAUUGCACAAACCCAGGUCCCCCACCAUAGAAGGGCACCCUCCUAUCCCAAUCUCACCUCCAGAGAAUUGCGUUAGGAUGAAAGGUAGGUGGGAGCAAAGAGGGGAGAAUCAGGCAAAAGGCAGGAGGAGAGAUGGGUAUAAGUAGUCCCUGCUGCUUCUUUCCAUCUGUAAAAGGCAGGUCAGACUUACCUCCGUGCCCAGAAGACUGAUGUACCACCUGCUCCUCCUAUAUAGCCAGACAGCCCUGGUUGUCUGAGGCUGGUGGCCAGGCCACUGGGUCCCUAAGAGCCUACAUGGCCAUCUAAGGGAUCCUGAUCAUGUCAGUCCCUACCAAAGCUUGGGAUUAACUGAUCUUCAGAGUUUCUUCAAUGCACAAUGGCUGAGUCAUCUAUGGGUAUUAAAGGGACACUGUCAAGUACUUUUUUAACUAGUUUUUAGGGUUUUUUUUAACUCUCCAUUGUUUGUAAUAUUCUCUUAAAAGCUUGAAAAUAAAAUUUCUUUCCCUACCA